AGAAAGGUGGCGCUCUCGCGCAGUCUGGCGUCGUCGGCCGACAGGUGUGCAUUGAGGGUGUGUUUAAUCGUGACUUUCUUUUAUUUCUUUAUACUCUCAACAGUUUUAAUCGUGACAUCGUUUACUUUUGUGUCUCUCGCGAGACUCGUUUUUUGAGUGUGUCGCAAAGUUUAUAUCUGUAAUACAAUGAUAGCAAGCGAAAACUAAUUAUGCCGGUCGAUGAGAUUUUGUAACUUCUAUUCGUGGAAAAUUUCAAAUUCGAUGGUCGCCAAUUAAUACGACGAGUAAUAAGAUGAAGGGCAAACCGCUUUUUUCCAAUUGAACUUAGUCCAGAUGGAUGGAGCAAGCCAGAAAGGCUAAGAGUCCAUCCCAAAAAUCGCCAUCCUGGUCCUCAAUCUGCUUUCUCAUCGAAUUGCUUUCGACGACUGAGGACUGGAUUAAUUUUAUUCUGGCCAAAUCGUGUGAAAAGUCUUGGAUAAUCGGGAACGAGGAUGGCUAGGAGCAGCGGCUCUACAAACGCGCACCGGCGAUGCAGCGAUCGUACCAUCGUCGUUCAUCGAGAUGCCGUUGUCGCAGCUUGUAGUACGUCCGUUCGCGAAUCACGAUCGAUCGGAAUCGGGUACAAUAGAAACGGCCACGGCACUGCUACCUCUGCCUACACUGGCUACGCUGCCAAUUUCGAUCAGGGAGAGGGCACGGUCGAUUAGAGUCGCCCCUUUCGAUACAACUGCCGAGCAGCACGUGAUUCACAAAUUACAAAGACGAGUACAUCUCGCAAAAUGGGUACGUGCGGGGUCUACUUGUCUCAACUGCGAGCAAUGCUCGUGAGGAAUCUUCUCUUGAAAAAGCGUGAGAAACGGAAGACGACGGCGGAGAUUUUCCUCCCUCUUUGCACUCUAGGUGUGUUAAUCGUGGUGAAAGUAUUACCACCGAAUCCAAACUAUCCCGCAAUGACAACACAAAGACAAGAAGGUGGUAUAUUCGAGACAUUCAAUGGCUACAAGAACAAUACGAUAGCUGUUGUUCCAAAUUCAACAGAAACUUUGGCCUUUUUAAAUUCAAUGAAUGCUCUGUGGUUAUCAAUGUGGGAUUAUCCUGGCAAGCUUCCUUUAAAUUUCGUGGUAUUUGAUACGAAGGAUGAUUUGCAAGCAGCAUAUUGGAGAGAUCCAUACAGCGUUCCCCUAGCAGUAAUCUUCGAAGAUUCUCAACCUAUAUCUCAACAUCUCUUAUAUGAGAUAAGAACAAAUCCAUCAUAUACGAAUCCACCUUCGCCGACUGAAUUGUAUUCUGCCCCAGUUACUUGUCGGAAAGAUACAAGCCAUUGGUUAGGUGGUGUAUUGUCGAUAGAAACUGGUGGAUCAUGUCCUGCGAAUAAUUAUUUGCACUCAGGUUUCUUGGCGUUACAAAUGAUAAUGGAUAUUACAAAGAUAAGAUUAGAUACGAGGAAUACAGAUAUAACUGUACCGGAUAUUAAAUUAGAAAUGUUUCCUAAAGAAGCUUUCACCGCAGACUGGAUGUUGGCCUUUAGAGUUGUUAUACCACUUUUUAUGGUCCUGGCCAUUUCACAAUUUGUUACUUAUCUUCUGAUCUUGAUAGUCGGUGAAAAAGAAAAAAAGAUUAAGGAAGGAAUGAAGAUAAUGGGCCUAAAAGAUUCGAUUUUCUGGUUAUCAUGGUUCAUUAUCUAUAGCGUUUUUGUCUUGUUACUUUCUGCCGUCGGAGUAAUAUUACUUUUUACACUACAAAUGUUUCAGCACACACACUUUUUACCAAUAUUUCUUUUAGUAGUACUAUAUAGUUUCUCUAUAAUCAUGCUCGCUUUUAUGAUAACACCCUUCUUCGAUAAGUCACGAACUGCCGGUGUACUUGGCAAUUUUGCAGUCACAAUAAUGAGCUUGAUGUACUUUAUUCAAGUCUUUGUGAACGAUUCUAGUUCUGUACCAUUUUGGUUGGUUUCUCUUCUUAGUCCAACAGGAGUUGCUUUAGCUAUGGAUAAGGCGCUUGUAUUAGAUUUACAAGGAGAAGGAGUUAAUUUUGACAAUCUUUGGUCAGGUCCUGGUAUACCAUUUGGAGGAAGUCUUAUUAUGAUGACAUUAGACAUAAUUCUCUAUGCUUGCUUAGCUUACUAUUUUGAUUGUGUUAUACCAAGUGAAUACGGAACAAAAAGAACUCCUUGGUUUUGCUUCACGCCUGAAUUUUGGUGUCAAAGAAAAGCUCCACGGGUACCAUCAUCAAAUGGUGAAUCGAAUUCUUUUAUUCCUGGUGAAGAAACUAAUCGCGAUGUUGAACCAGUAGUUCGUGAAAUGAAAGGUCGUGAAGCAAUUAGAAUAGUUGAUCUUUACAAAUCCUAUCAAAAAUGUCGUAAACCAGAAAUUAAAGCUGUAAAUGGUAUUAAUUUAACGAUUUAUGAAGGCCAAAUCACAGCGAUACUUGGACACAAUGGAGCUGGCAAAACUAGUCUUUUUAAUAUAUUAACUGGUUUGACUGCACCUACCGCUGGCACUGCCUUGAUUUUUGGUUACGAUGUUCGGGAUUCUAAUGAUAUGCAGAUGAUCAGAAGUAUGACCGGCGUUUGUCCACAACAUGAUAUUCUUUUUGAUCUUCUCACACCUCGCGAACAUCUUGAAUUUUUUGCCGCUGUACGUGGUAUUCCACGAUCGAUGAUUGAACACGAGGUGAAUAAAACUUUAAAAGAUAUCGAUUUAACUGAGAAGGCAGAUACUUUUGCAAAAUAUUUAAGCGGGGGACUGAAAAGGAAAUUAUCCGUAGGUAUCGCCAUUAUCGGUGAUCCGAAAAUUAUUAUUCUGGAUGAACCUACAGCUGGAGUUGAUCCCUACUCCAGAAGACAGAUGUGGUCUUUUUUACAAUCUAGACGUCACGGAAAAGUGAUUUUACUGACGACUCAUUUUAUGGAUGAAGCGGAUAUACUAGCAGAUAGAAAAGCAGUUAUUAGUAAAGGAAAACUAAGAUGCUGCGGUAGUUCUUUAUUCUUAAAAAAUAAAUUUGGCAUUGGAUAUCAUUUAACGUUAGUACUUGAAGGAAAUGCAAGAGAACACGCUAUUACUAGAUUGGUAAUGUCUCAUGUUUCAAAAGCAGAAAAAGCGAGACGUCAUGGCCGUGAACUGAGUUUUAUUUUACCUCAUAAUUCAGUAGAAAGCUUUGCACCACUUUUUUCAGCUAUAGAACAUGAAAUUAAAACUCGAUCAAGUAGAUUGGGUAUUAGUAGCUACGGGGUAUCGAUGACUACUCUAGAGGAAGUAUUCUUACAUUUAGAAAAGGACGAAGGUCCUGAAUAUACGAUGGAUAAUUUAUCAAAAAAAAUGGUACGCAAUCGUGCAUUAAGUAGAUCCUUAUCAUUACAAUCAAAAAGCACUUCUUAUCAAAGCUUGCAAAAUGAAGGUAUUACUGUCCAGAGUGAUGGUCAAGCAAAAGAGGCAGGAGAUUUACCGGAUGGUGUUCAUAAUGAUAGAAACCCUCCAGUUCUCGGCCUCGGAUUAGACCCCAUAAAAAUUCGGCCUAAUUUCAUUCAAAUCUUAUAUGCUAUGCUUCGCCUAAGAAUACUCAGGCUUUUUAGGAACAUUCAGUUAUUGUAUUUCACUAUCGUUGCGCCUCUUUUUCUGAUAGUUCUUGGCCUUCAUUUACAUAGCAUUCAAACAGUUGAAGUUAAAAUGCAGUCUCUUAAAUUGAAUAACGAUACUUACGGAAAUCAGACAAAAAUUUUGUACACAAAUAGUACCGACCAUGAUAUCACAGACUUAAUCGAUGGAAUAGGUCAAGAUGUAAAAUAUAUUAAAGAGUACCACGGAAAUUUUGCAAAUUUGUUAAAAAUCGCACCACACGUUGCCGCUUUCAAUAUCAAUGAAUACAGUCUAUCUAAAAUCAAUUUGAUUAUCGCAUAUAACGAUACUAUGCAACAUUCUCUACCAAUCUUGAUAAACUUGUUAUCAAACACCUAUUAUAGGUUGAUCUCAGAUAAAGAUAAUCUAACACGUAUUGAAGUUAAAACGCAUCCUUUUCAACAAACUUCUCAGCCACAAGAAUUUAAUAUUGGCACAGCGAGUUCUGCUCUAUUUAUUGGAAUGCAUUUUAUAUUGUUACCAAUAACCUUAGUUGUAGAUAUGGUUUAUGAUCGUGAAAUAAAAGCAAAGAAUCAGCUUCGUGUCAACGGUUUGUCAUUUUCUAUGUACUUCCUAACAUAUUUUAUUGUACUUAUCGGCCUGAUGACAUUCAUAAGUUUAUGUAUCCUUGGCAUCAUAUUUGUCUUUGAUGUGCCUUCGCUUCAAGAAAUACCAGCACUCAUCACCUUAGGUGGUCUUCUAAUGCUUUAUUGUCCAUCAUCCAUUCUAUUUUCGACAUGUUUGAGUUAUAUUUUUGACAAGAUGGAUUCAGCUCAAAGCAUUUUGCCCAAUAUUGCUACGUUCUUUGGACUUAUACCGUUUAUACUAGUCACAACUCUUGAUAUGCUAGGUCUUAGUGGGACGGCAGCAUUCGUUUUACACGUAAUUUUUUCUUUAUUAAAUACAUUAUACAUACCAUAUGCUGCAGUAUAUUAUGUAGAAAGAGUACAUAUAAUGUGUUCAAUUAACGCUGCUUGCCAUCAUCUAACUAUGUCCGAUUAUUUAACCACGGAAAUCACUUUAAUGGCCUUUGGUGUGCUUCUACACUGUCCAAUGUGGUUUUUCGUGCUUUUAUUAUUGGAUAUUAAAAAAAGUGGUGGUAAUAUUGGCGAUAUAUUGAAGCAUUUUUUGCGUAAUGGUGGUUCGAUCGGUGAAGAAAUAAUGGAAAAUUCUGACAUUGGAGAACACGAAGAUGGAGAUGUUAAAAUUGAAAGGCAGAAAGUUUUUAAUCUUAUUACUUCUUCAUCUGUUCAAGAACCACCUGUAGUUUUAGUACAGAAUUUAAGAAAAGAGUAUCGACAAAAGGAAUCAGGAUCAUGCAGUUGCUGUUCAAAACAAGAUGAAGAAGCUAGUCAAAUACAACGAAAAGUUGCUGUAAGAAAUCUAUCAUUAGCAGUUGAACCAGGAGAAGUAUUUGGAUUACUUGGUCAUAAUGGUGCUGGCAAAACAACAACAAUGAAAAUUAUCAUAGCAGAAGAAGCGGCUACUCGAGGAAGGGUACAAAUUGGUGGUCAUAAUAUUAAUUCCAAUAUAACGGAAGCUUUUAAACAAAUGGGAUAUUGUCCCCAACAUGAUGCUCAAUGGAAGAAUAUUACUGUUAGGGAACAUUUAGAAUGUUAUGCUGCGAUUCGUGGUGUACCGUGGGGAGAUAUUGACAGAAUUGUAGAUUUAUACCUUACUGGUUUACAAAUUCAUGAACAUGCCGAUAAACAAACUCAAGAAUGUUCAGGUGGAACUAGAAGAAAACUUAGUUUUGCUAUGGCAAUGAUUGGAGGUCCAAAAGUUGUUUUAAUGGAUGAACCUAGUGCAGGAAUGGAUCCUAGAUCUAAGAGAUUUUUAUGGGAUACAAUUCUUGCUAGUUUUCAGGGUGGUAGAGGUGCAAUUUUAACUACUCAUUCAAUGGAAGAAGCUGAUGCUCUCUGUUCCAGAGUGGGUAUAAUGGUAAAAGGAGAGUUAAGGUGUAUUGGUUCUACUCAACAUCUGAAGAAUUUAUAUGGUGCAGGCUAUACUCUUGAAAUGAAACUUUUGGGCGGUGAUUGUACACCUACCACACCUUCCGGUGAUAGAAUUACAAGUUUGAAGGAAUUUGUUUCCAGUCUUUUUCCAGAUGCAACUUUAGAAGAAAGUUUUGCCGACAGAUUAGUUUUUGCUGUACCUCAACAUGCAGUUAACUCGCUGGCCGAGUGUUUUAUGCAAUUGGAGAAAGCCAAGCUUGAAUUGGAUAUUGAAGAAUACAGUUUCAGCCAAACUACUUUGGAACAAGUUUUUCUUAAAUUUUCUCACUAUGAUGAAUCUAACUUGGGAGAAUGA